UGCAGACUUUGCGAUUCUAGAGUCUAGAAUCUAGACUCUUCAGAGUCUGCAAUAUCUCAGCGAACAUCUUCACAUACAAUUAAGUACGGCAAUUUUCUUGCAAGAGUUCUUUAUGUUCAAAAACCGUUGCGAACCUGACACAUGAUACAUGACAGAAUCAACACGACCAUUUCGUCAGUUUUCGUGAUCAAUCAACGUUAUUUCUACAUGAUCGGCGUGAGGUAUCAUUUCCAUGAAGGUGUGUUUAUACUUGCCACAUUCCUUCAUUGACGUAUGAAUGCGCAUCAGGGAAAUGACGGUAAAUAAUAAUAAUAUUGUGGCAGCUGUUGAUAUCAGGAUGCAUGCGCAGCGCUAAUUAACGCCAGCUUGUGAGAACUGGCAUUCCGCAUUGAUUAUUCUGCCAACUUCCAAUGGCCAUGGAGGAAAUUACCUCCUCGUGUCUCGGCAGUCCAGCUAGCGAGUGCCGGCGGGUGGGGCACCGCGUGGCCUGUAAGAACACGGUGAUGGUGCCAGUUAAACUGGCCGACGACGGUAGCGACGUGUGGUGUUUGGGAUUUAUCGAGGACAUGGCUGGCGACGAGAUGUACAUUAACUUCCACUGCACUAGGCUCGCGCCGAGGUGGUUGCCGUCCCACGCGGUCUUCCCCCACGACGUCGUCCACCCACCCCUUCCUACGAGUCAAAAGAGCAGGGACGUGCUGGUUGCUCUGCGCGCCAGCAGAGAGGCGCCGCUGGUGUUUGAGGCGGCGAGUGUGUUGGUGUGGGGCAGCCGUUGUCGGGUGUGUUACGUGGCGACGACGAGCGGCGCUCGUCGGCAUCUGGUUCACCUCGUGCAGCUAGCGGGACGGCUGCCGUCGCAGCCCCUGGCGGGCCGCUGCCGACGGCAGGGACUCUACGCCAAAUAUGUCCUGGCCCUACCCCUAGCUAUGGAUGCAGGAGAUGACACUCCUCUCGGCUACAGCAUCGACGAGAACCGCCUCCACUACGAAGUGAAGCACUCGCGCCACGAUCUGCAGUCUAGGCCGGGCCGCUACCAUUAUGUCGGCGGAUACGAUAACCGAUUCUACUUUCGGGUUCAGAGAGACUCUGUGCGGAUUAUAUGCUGGGAAUACCACGUCUCUUUCUGGACUGCAGAACUGCUGCAGCGCGGCCUCCGCCGACUUCUCGACAGUGGAGCGCUGGCAGAUCGUUUACCGUCGCUAGCGCCCUGGAUUCCAGCCGUGCCACCGGCGAACUUUUCCGACCAAGGAGUGCAAGUCCAGUCCUUACCACUGGAAGUCCUUGCGCAAGUCUUUGAGCUGGCGGAUGCGGUGAGCCAGGCCAAACUAAGAAGAGUGAGUCCAGUAUGGAACGACGUGUUGGUCGGCUGGAAACCGGCACUGGUUAUUGUCGACAUGGGUCUGCGCGUGGAGAGCGUGGACAAGGACAGCGAGAUGUUCCGGCUGGGCCGUUUGUUGCAGUACGCCUUGGGUGGCAGCGUGCGCAGCCUGGUGUGGACCCGCUGGACGCCGGGCUUGCACGUGCACAGCAACAACGAGACCAGUACGGAUUACGAUAUCGCUGUUCUGAGCAAUCUGGUGCGCAUCGCUUGCACCGGCCAGCAACUGCAGCGCAUCCUAAUGCACCGCUGCGUCGUGGAGUACGAGCUGGGCGGGUGGUUCUCUAAGCGAGCGCUGCGCUGCUUGACGCCUCUGUCGGAAGUGUGUGCACAGCUGCUGCUGGUCGACUACGCCAUGAACAACAUGCUGUACGAGUUUGCCAUGGGCGCCCCCGGGGUGUACAUCCCGCGUACUUAUCGCUGGCGGCCGCCCUUUGGCCGCAGCUUGCCGGCGCUGGUGGUCAGCGUGCCCAUUCUGCGGCUGGACUGCUGCCACGGCGUCACUGCCAAUUACAACACCAUGUUGGCGGCCAUCAUGCAGCACCUCCCGCCGUCACCGCCCUUGCCGGACCUGCUGCGCACGGUGACCGCGUUGGGAGCGUACUGGGACUCCGUGGAGCCGGCAGACCGGAGUCGCUUCUGGGAGUCUGUCCGCUACCUGCUGCGCUUCACGGAACCGGUGGACCCCGCUGCUCCUGACUCGCCGCCCUGGGCGGACGUCCAGCUGACGUCGUCGGCAGUGGUGCAGUUCAACAGUAUAACGCUGUUAGUUCUAUCGUCCAUGUGGCAGAUGGUGGACUGAUUCGCGUCCAGCUGUACAGCUGCCUUGCCAGUUCGGCCCACAGCACAGCGAACAUGGGACGUGCCACUCUGCAAUGCAUCGCUGUCAACCCUGCCGGAAGUAUUCCGAAACGAGGAAACCAAUAAAGCCCGUCUCCUUGCACAAUCCAAACCCGAAGCCGGUAUUUGGUUGAAUGCCUUACCUUCAGCACACAUCGGCAACCACCUAGACGGCGACGCCUUGCAGAUAUCGGUCGGGCUGAGGCUGGGCGCAGUAAUUUGUGAGCCACAUUUCAUGCGCGAAAUGCCACAAAUUAGUGGGCAUGGGUUGACCCUGCACGUACUCCGCCGGAAGGGAUGCUCGCAACAGCGGGUUAAUUGAACAGCAUCGUAUGCCGUUCUUUGGUUUCAGGGGGCAUACCAGCGAAACUCGAACCCCGCGGCACAUCCCAUGCUUCCGAUCGUCGCCCGGACGGAUGCACCGCAUUGGCAUGGAAACGCGGAAUGUGCUUAGCAUGGGAUGUGACCUGCGUAGACACUGUCGCUCGGUCUCACAUUAAGCUCACUUCCGCUACCGCGGGUUCCGCCGCUGCCCAUGUUGAAGACAAGAAAACCCGAUUGGACGCGUAUCUCCAAGGCAGAUACAUUUUUGCCCCACUAGUUUUUGAAACUCACGGGCCAUGGGGAAAGUCUGCAUCUGGCAAUCGGGAAGCGGCUACAGCAGCACACAGGCGAACCUUGCAUACUCGAACUUCUGCGCCAACGCCCAUCCAUCGAAAUCCAACGCGGCCUCCGCACUCGAGACCAUGGACGGAAUGGAAAAUUUAAAGGAAAUCUUAUUGUUGUAACGUACUAUGCUUUUGUUUCGAAGUUGAACUGGUGACUGGCUUGUGCUAAUACAAUAGUUCGGCCCAGUUACCAUGCCCUAAGUCAGUGUUUGCCCCUCGUCCGGAGACAUGUGCUGCAGCGCCGUCUGGCACUUCACCUGUUGCUUCCGUUAUCCCAGCCAUACGGCAGCAGACGGUGACCAGUGACCAGUUUUGUCCAGUCCACCGCAGAUGGAUCGCUGCGUUGCACUGCGGCCGACGGUGGACCGGGCGCAUUCGGAUACCUGCGCAGGUCGCCAACCUCGGCAGUCUGCGCCUGCCCCACCCCUUCCGGCCAGCCUGAUGACUGCGCCAAUGCCAGCUCACAUGUGCAUACUGCACUGGCCAACAAGAAGCCCUACCAGUGUGAGCUGGACUAGUCAGCUUUUGGCGUCACAAAUACAACCGAUACGGGGCCGGAUAUCUUCCCGGUAAUAGUAUGAUUUCGUAACAUGCUCCAGCUGUACAUAUGCUGUUUGUAUCGUUCAACAUCCAUGUGCAUUAUUACGCGAUCACAAAUACAUGUAUCAGCACGGAAAUGACGGAAUUCCAAGUCGCCACUGCCAGCCGGCGCAGGGCGCACAUACAUAUACAUACGUAUCGCGUAGAAAUAUUACUGUAGCAAAAAAGGCUAUAAAGCCAGUAAAAAGCAGUGGCUAACUUUUAAACUUUAGGCACUGUCGAAACAUCAUCUGUGGGUUACAACACUUGUGAACGGUUAUUGUAAUUCAGUACGAGUACUUCUACUCAUGCAGGCAAUUCAGUUAAGUUUCAAAUUCAAAAUUCCAAUAUUAUAACAAGAAAUACCAGCACAACCGCCGAUGUACAGACUACAGAUAAGCUCAUGCCACGC